AUGGCCAACUUGAAGCCCACUAUCGCCUUUUUCGGGGCUACCGGAGGCAGUACCAUUCCCUGUCUUGCUCUUGCAUUGAAGGCGGGAUAUCGUUGCCAUGCCUUGGUCCGCAACCCGUCAAAACUCCAAGACCUCCUCCGUCAGCGGGAGAUUCCCGAAACAGCAAUCCAAAAGCACCUCUCUAUCGUUGCAGGAAACGUAUCAGACGCCGACCUAGUCCAGCAGACCCUCACAUACGAUGGUCACCCCGUCGACGUGAUCGUUUCCGGAAUCGGGGGGAAGUUGCUCUUCAACAACCCCUUGAAGCCAACUCUCGAUAACCCGACCAUUUGCCAGGACGCCAUCCGGGCUAUUCUCACAGCGGCUCGUUCCAUGGAGCGAAAGCCUACACUCAUCGCCCUCAGCACCACCGGCAUCAGUGACCAGAAGCGCGACCUGCCUGUGGCUAUGAUGCCCAUGUACUACUGGAUGCUCAAGGUGCCGCACGAGGACAAGAAGGUCAUGGAGGCUGCCAUCUUAGCAGAGAUGGCCAAGCCCGAUUCCGAGAGGGCCAUUUCGAACUAUGUUAUUGUCCGUCCUAGCCUGCUUACCGAGGGCGACGGUGACGGUCUCGAGAAGAUCAAAGCUGGUGUGGAAAAGAAUCCUGCCGUGGGCUAUGUCAUCAGCAGAAACGACGUGGGUCUCUGGAUGUUUGAAAAGCUGAUUCGCUUUCCAUUUUGGUCCGAUAAUCCGUAUCUGGGAGAAGUGGUUACCAUUACCACCUGA